AUGGAUCCAUUCAAUGGUGUCAAAGAAGAUGCAUAUGAUGUGAUACAGCGAUUGGAAACUAUUAUAUCUCAAAGAACAUCAACACAACCAUCAAUUGAACUACAACAAGAUUUUACAAAUUAUUAUGAAGAAUUACAAGAAACUUAUGAAGAAUUAGAAGAAGCUCUUAAAUUAAGUUCAACUAAUCCACAAUUCUACAACUUAAGUCCAAAAGAUAUAAAACAAAGAGAACAAACAUUACGAGAUCUAUAUAAUAGGAAAACUAAUAUAAAAUCCAAAUGGGAUAAUAAAAAGUUUCGAGAUGUAACAACAAUGUCUAAUAGAAUAAGUCAAGAUGAUAUACCAGAAAAUCCAUUUCGAGAUCAAACAGAAGAAGAUGAUGUAACACCAACAAUGACAAAUUAUCAACAACAAGAAUUAAUUAGAGAACAAGAUACUCAAUUAGAUGAUAUUCAUAAAACUAUGAUGAAUUUAAAUAAACAAGCAAAUAUGAUGGGAGAAGAAUUAGAAGAUCAAGGAUAUUUAUUAGAUGAAUUAGAUUAUGAAUUAGAUCAUGUUGAUAUUAAAUUACAAAGAAAUAUGAAAAGAUUAAAUAUAUUUAUUGAAAAAAAUAAAGAAACUGCAAGUAAUUGGUGUAUUGGAAUUUUAGUUGUUGCAUUAUGUGUUUUAUUGGUAUUAUUGAUAGUGGUAUAA